AGAAGAAGGCGGUGCCAGGACGUCCUGCGGAAGGGCCGGGGGCGGGGCUCGUGACGUUACCGGGCCAGCCAAUCACGCCUGGUUUUAUCAGCGGCCCCGCCCUUUUACCGCACAUUUCCCCUCCCCUAGUUCAUUUCGCACGACGCAGCGGUUGGGAACACAGACAUUUUCGGAGCUGGAGCCGCCACUGCCGCCGCCAUUUUGUGUCUGUGGAGAAAGAAGCUUCUGUGGCGGCUGGAAGUGGACGGAGAUCACCCGCGAGACGGCGGCGUUUCAUACCCGAGGUUCCCCCUGUGUCGUCCCCCAUCCCCCCUCCGCGGUCAGCAUGUGGUGAAGCCGGAGCCGCGAGAGAUCCGGGGAGAGGAAGAGGAGUCGGAAGGGAGGCGGGGUAUCCAGAGCGGCUUCAGCUUCAGCUGCGGCGGACCUCGGAGGGGGGCCGCGGCGCAAUGUCAGAGCAGACGCCGGCCGAGGCCGGUGCUGCGGGGGCCCGGGAGGACGCCUGUCGGGAUUAUCAGUCAUCGCUCGAAGACCUGACCUUCAAUAGCAAGCCGCACAUCAAUAUGCUGACCAUUCUAGCCGAGGAGAACCUGCCCUUCGCCAAGGAGAUCGUCUCUCUCAUCGAGGCCCAAACCGCCAAGGCUCCUUCCUCAGAGAAGCUUCCUGUUAUGUACCUUAUGGAUUCUAUUGUGAAAAACGUUGGAAGAGAGUAUCUCACUGCCUUUACUAAAAAUCUAGUUGCAACAUUUAUUUGUGUGUUUGAAAAGGUGGAUGAAAAUACUAGGAAAAGUUUAUUUAAGUUACGUUCCACAUGGGAUGAAAUAUUCCCUUUGAAGAAACUUUAUGCCCUGGAUGUCAGAGUCAAUUCAUUAGAUCCUGCUUGGCCUAUUAAACCUCUACCCCCCAAUGUGAAUACGUCUAGCAUCCAUGUGAAUCCUAAAUUUUUAAAUAAAUCGCCCGAGGAGCCUUCAACACCUGGUACAGUGGUCAGUUCCCCUAGCAUCUCCACUCCUCCAAUUGUUCCUGAUAUACAAAAGAAUCUUACACAAGAACAACUAAUAAGGCAGCAGUUACUGGCAAAGCAAAAACAGUUGUUAGAACUUCAGCAGAAAAAGCUGGAGCUUGAGCUAGAGCAAGCUAAGGCACAACUGGCAGUUUCUCUUAGUGUUCAGCAGGAAACAUCCAAUUUAGGUCCUGGAUCUGCACCAUCUAAAUUACAUGUUUCACAGAUUCCCCCUAUGGCAGUUAAAGCUCCUCAUCAGGUUCCUGUGCAAUCUGAGAAAAGCCGUCCAGGACCAUCCUUACAAAUUCAGGAUGUGAAAGGAACUAACCGGGAUCCUCGUCUGAACAGGAUAAGCCAACAUUCUCAUGGAAAAGAUCAAAGUCACAGGAAAGAAUUUCUAAUGAACACAUUAAACCAGUCUGAUAUUAAGACAAGUAAAACUAUACCCUCUGAAAAACUAAAUUCAUCCAAGCAAGAAAAAAGUAAAUCAGGUGAAAAAAUAACCAAGAAAGAACUUGAACAAUUAGAUUCUAAAUCGAAAUCGAAAUCGAAAUCACCAUCACCUUUGAAAAACAAAUUGUCUCACACAAAAGACUUGAAAAAUCAAGAAUCAGAAAGUAUGAGGUUGUCUGAUAUGAACAAGAGAGACCCAAGAUUAAAAAAACAUCUUCAGGAUAAGACUGAUGGCAAAGACGAUGAUGUGAAAGAGAAGAGAAAAACUGCAGAAAAAAAGGAUAAAGAUGAGCACAUGAAGUCAUCCGAACACAGAGUGGCUGGAAGUAGAAAUAAAAUCAUAAAUGGCAUUGUACAAAAACAGGAUACAAUAACAGAAGAGUCAGAAAAACAGGGGACAAAACCAGGGAGAUCGAGUACUAGAAAGCGAUCAAGAUCUCGAUCACCCAAGUCUAGGUCACCAAUUAUACAUUCCCCAAAGAGAAGAGAUAGGCGGUCACCCAAACGAAGGCAAAGAAGUAUGUCUCCAACAUCGACACCUAAAGCUGGAAAGAUUCGCCAAUCUGGAGUUAAGCAGUCACAUAUGGAAGAGUUUACACCACCUUCUAGGGAAGACAGAAAUGCUAAGAGAAGUACUAAACAGGAUAUUCGGGACCCAAGGCGAAUGAAAAAGACUGAAGAGGAGCGGCCACAAGAAACUACAAAUCAGCAUUCUACAAAGUCAGGCACUGAACCAAAGGAGAAUGUAGAAAACUGGCAAAGUUCCAAAUCUGCCAAAAGAUGGAAAUCUGGUUGGGAAGAAAAUAAAAGCUUACAGCAGGUUGAUGAACAUAGUAAACCUCCUCAUCUGAGGCAUAGGGAGAGCUGGUCAAGCACUAAAGGAAUUUUAUCGCCUCGAGCCCCAAAGCAGCAACAGCAUCGAUUAAGUGUAGAUGCCAAUCUUCAGAUUCCUAAAGAGUUAACUCUUGCAAGCAAAAGAGAAUUACUUCAAAAGACGAGUGAACGUUUAGCAUCUGGUGAAAUUACACAGGAUGACUUCCUUGUUGUUGUGCAUCAAAUUCGACAGCUAUUUCAGUAUCAAGAAGGUGUGCGAGAAGAGCAGAGAUCUCCAUUCAAUGAUCGUUUUCCACUUAAGCGACCUCGAUAUGAAGAUUCAGAUAAACCAUUUGUAGAUAGCCCAGCAUCAAGAUUCGCCGGCCUGGAUACAAAUCAGCGACUUACAGCUUUAGCUGAAGACAGACCAUUAUUUGAUGGACCUAGUAGGCCAUCAGUAGCAAGAGAUGGCCCAACCAAGAUGAUUUUUGAAGGACCUAAUAAAUUAAGCCCUCGAAUUGAUGGACCUCCCACACCAGCUUCUCUUCGGUUUGAUGGGUCACCAGGACAAAUGGGGGGAGGAGGCCCUUUGAGAUUUGAAGGGCCACAAGGUCAGCUAGGAGGUGGGUGUCCUUUGAGAUUUGAAGGUCCUCCAGGACCAGUGGGGACACCUCUGCGGUUUGAGGGCCCAAUUGGUCAAGCAGGAGGAGGUGGUUUUCGGUUUGAAGGUUCCCCUGGUCUGAGGUUUGAGGGAUCUGCAGGUGGUUUACGAUUUGAGGGACCAGGGGGCCAGCCUGUGGGUGGUCUGAGGUUUGAGGGACAUCGUGGUCAACCCGUGGGUGGUCUAAGGUUUGAGGGACCUCAUGGUCAGCCUGUGGGUGGACUUAGAUUUGAUAAUCCCCGAGGUCAGCCUGUAGGUGGACUUAGAUUUGAAGGGGGUCAUGGUCCAUCAGGGGCUGCUAUUAGGUUUGAUGGACCUCAUGGUCAGCCAGGAGGUGGAAUCAGAUUUGAGGGCCCUUUGCUACAGCAAGGAGUUGGAAUGAGGUUUGAGGGCCCCCAUGGUCAGUCAGUAGCUGGUCUGAGAUUUGAGGGACAACAUAAUCAACUUGGUGGAAACCUUAGGUUUGAGGGUCCACAUGGCCAACCAGGGGUUGGUAUCAGGUUUGAAGGCCCUUUAGUCCAACAAGGAGGUGGAAUGAGGUUUGAGGGUCCUUCUGUACCAGGAGGUGGCCUGAGAAUUGAAGGGCCUCUGGGUCAAGGUGGUCCAAGAUUUGAAGGUUGUCAUGCUUUAAGGUUUGAUGGGCAGCCAGGUCAGCCGUCACUCUUGCCAAGAUUUGAUGGAUUACAUGGUCAGCCAGGUCCUAGAUUUGAAAGGACUCCUGGUCAGCCAGGCCCUCAGAGGUUUGAUGGGCCACCUGGACAGCAGGUUCAGCCCAGAUUUGAUGGUGUACCUCAAAGAUUUGAUGGUCCACAACAUCAGCAGACAUCAAGGUUUGAUAUUCCUCUUGGUCUUCAAGGCACAAGAUUUGACAAUCAUCCUUCACAAAGGCUUGAAUCAGUAUCUUUCAAUCAGACUGGUCCAUAUAAUGAUCCACCUGGCAAUGCUUUUAAUGCCCCAUCUCAAGGACUACAGUUCCAAAGACAUGAACAAAUAUUUGAUUCACCUCAAGGACCAAAUUUUAAUGGACCACAUGGCCCUGGAAACCAGAGUUUCUCUAAUCCACUUAACAGAGCUUCUGGACACUAUUUUGAUGAAAAAAAUCUUCAGAGUUCUCAAUUUGGAAACUUUGGCAAUAUACCUGCUCCAAUGACAGUAGGAAAUAUUCAGGCAUCUCAACAGGUUCUGAGUGGUGUUGCUCAGCCAGUAGCUUUUGGUCAAGGACAACAGUUUUUACCAGUUCAUCCACAAAAUCCUGGAUUUGUUCAGAAUCCUUCAGGAGCACUCCCUAAGGCGUAUCCUGAUAAUCAUCUCAGUCAAGUGGAUGUAAAUGAAUUGUUUUCAAAAUUGCUAAAAACAGGAAUUCUCAAAUUGUCCCAACCUGAUUCAGCUACAACACAAGUAAGUGAAGUAGCUGCUCAGCCUCCCCCUGAAGAGGAGGAAGAUCAAAAUGAAGAUCAAGAUGUUCCAGAUCUUACUAAUUUUACAGUUGAAGAAUUGAAACAACGUUAUGAUAGUGUUAUAAAUCGACUGUACACUGGUAUUCAGUGUUACUCUUGUGGAAUGAGGUUUACAACAUCACAGACAGAUGUUUAUGCGGAUCAUUUGGACUGGCAUUAUCGGCAAAAUAGAACUGAAAAGGAUGUUAGCAGAAAAGUCACUCAUAGACGUUGGUACUACAGUUUAACAGACUGGAUAGAAUUUGAGGAGAUAGCUGAUCUGGAAGAACGGGCAAAGAGCCAGUUUUUUGAAAAGGUGCAUGAAGAAGUUGUGCUCAAAACUCAAGAGGCUGCUAAAGAAAAAGAGUUCCAAAGUGUACCUGCUGGACCAGCUGGAGCAGUUGAGAGUUGUGAAAUCUGUCAAGAACAAUUUGAACAAUACUGGGAUGAAGAGGAGGAGGAAUGGCAUUUGAAAAAUGCUAUUAGAGUAGAUGGAAAGAUUUAUCAUCCAUCAUGUUAUGAAGAUUAUCAAAAUACAUCUUCAUUUGAUUGUACACCAUCUCCCAGCAAGACACCAGCUGAAAACCCCUUGAAUAUUAUGUUGAACAUUGUCAAAAACGAAUUGCAGGAACCCUGUGAAAGUCCCAAAGUUAAGGAAGAACGAAUUGAUACACCACCAGCUUGUACAGAGGAAAGCAUAGCAACACCCUCUGAAAUUAAAACAGAAAAUGACACAGUUGAGUCAGUUUAAAUAAAAUGAGAAAGGUAUGUUUUUCUUUUUUAAAAAAGCUGCUGUUGGAUCUAGAAGGUGAAGAAUUUUUUUAUGUAUAUAUAGACAUAUCUAUAUAAAUUGUCUAGCUGAGGCAGGGCCUUCAGCUAUCAUUUGGUUAAUAAAUACAUUUUAGUAUUUGCAUUUCCUACUGCCUGCAGAGUUUCAGGUGCUUGUUGUGUGAAAGUUCUGUAGAUGUGUGCAAAUUUAACAAAAUGAAAUUGUAUGUGUAAAAAUGUACGAUUUUUCACUGUGCAACUGUAAAUUAUAAAUAAAAAAUAUUUUUGCUAUUCAUGGAGUGUAAUAUUUAUGCACACCAUCAAAUAGUUUCUGUACUUUUUAUUGGGUAAAAAUGGAAUUGAACAGCAACCUCAACAUAAGAUUUUUUUUCUAGUAGCCUCCCACUGAUUAAAGAAGCAAAGUUUGAAGUUUCAUCCUUCAAAAGGGGGUUGUGAGAGAGCAGCAUAGGGCUUUUCUCAAAUAGAAAAGCCAGAUUUUGAGAAAAUUUUAAAGACAAAAUAGGACAUAUUUGCAGAUAUAUAUAUAUAUGAAUAUAUAUAUACACACACACACACAUCUCCAGCUAUAGAGAACCAUCCAGAUGUUCACUUUUGAAAAUAUCUAAUGAAGCAAGUUUUAUUCUUGAACUUGGACACUGAUGCCAUCAAACAAUUAACAAAUAUAUUUAAGUACUAAAGGUGAUUUUUUUUGGAAGACAUUUUUCAAAUUGUCAAAUGAUUUAAUGCAGAUGAACAUAUUUCUAUUUUAAGUAACGGAAAUCUGUAAGAAUGUUCGCUUGAGAUAUGGUUAACUUUUUUCUUUUGUUGGUUUUGACUUAGAUGGACACCAUGAGAUGUUAAUAUUCAUACAUGUAAUAAAUAGAAUGAUGAAGAAA